UACAUUUAUGACUCGGGUUGACAAAUAAAGCUAAACCCGCUAUGCUACGCAUUAGUUUAUGGUUACACUUGGCCACUUUUUAGUGUGACGGUAUUGGCGAGUCAAGUUUUUGGUGUCGUUGCCAUGGAUGGCUAGGUUGUUGAAGAAACGUGAGUUCUGUAACUUUAUAUAGCAUUUCCUUUCUGCAUUGUUUUCUUUUCCUUUUCCCCUUUUGCCUUCACGGGUUUGCAUGUAGCUUGUGUGCAGGUAGUGCAUAACCCGUAGCCAAUCGGGAGGAUUACUGACGUUGGAUCAGGAACUUGAACGGACCUGUCGUCGGUCUAAGAAAGCACUAAAAGCGAGACUGGCUCUAGAGGAAAAGCAAGUCGACGGCCGGAUAAGCAGCGAUUCUGAGUAGGUGGACGAAAUGGGAGACAAACACAAUAGGAUGAACAACUUGAACCUGGAGCAAAAUCAAACUCUGAACCAAGGGCAGCCUCACCUAAAUAUGCCUCUCCAAGUUCCUCCACUGAAUCAGGCUCCGCCUAACAAUAGCAACCCGCAGGCGGACAGGGCCAACCAUCAGCUGCCUCCGCAUGAGCAUACCAUGGAGUACUUCUACACUCCACGACUCGGUGAUCUGGCUGGCAAAUUCGUCCAUCGGUACUAUCCAGUCUUGAAGACUUUCGAGAUUCAACGGGAGAUCACCCAUUUCUGUCAAGAAGAUGAUGAAUCGUUGCGAGAUGCUUGGAACGGUAUAAUAGACUAUCUUGGAAGUGUCCCAACCAUGGUUUCAGUGAUGCAUUCACCGUCGGGAACUUCUAUAGUGCAAAAAUGCACCACCCCAUUUGGUGGAAGACUGUCAGGCCAUGCAAAAAUCCACCACCCCACAUGAACAGUUGGACUACAUUGCCAACGCUCGACGCCUCAACGCCUACAACCAUACUUAUAUUGAGGGGUGGCGUUAGCACCCCAACUUCUCCUGGGGUGGCAGAAACAACAACAACAACACCAAACCUCCUAGCUUCGCGCCAUCGACUUGUGACUUUCCCCAGAGGCAGCAGUCCCUGACCCGACAGGGUCAAUUCCAGCAGCCAUUCCAUCCCAAACAGGGGAAACCCUUCAGCCGCAGCAACAAAAAAUUUAGCAGCCCCAGCACAAGGUGACUAGAUAUCCGAGCUGAGAAAUUUGGUGACGACCUUCAUGAGUACCAAUACUCAAGUUCGCCAAGAUGGACCAAUUCAUUGAUUUUUCCAUAAGAAAAAUCAAUGAACUGG